GAAAAACCAACAACAUGACAUACCUAACUCACUCUUUGUUAUUCUUCUUCUCUUGCUUGUCUAUGCUUCUAUGUGUGUCCAUUGCAGGAAGCAGACCUGCUCAUGGUCCAGCUUAUUUAAACCCAUCUGCUUUCUCUCCAGAAGCUUACGAUUUCUUUCACCCAAAAUCAACACUUCCUAACUAUAUUCCACCAAGAAACUCGCCUUCUUCACCUUCACCUUCACCUUCAAAGACUUCUAAUAUAGAAACAGAUAGACAAGGACGUAAAUUUUCAUCAGAAGAGCACAAAAAUGAGAGUGUCAGAGAAGAAGGGCGAGGAGAAACCGUUGGAAUAGUGUUAGGCGUUACUUUCGCAUCUUUUAUUUUGAUGGGAGUUUAUUUUGUGAUCAAGAAACGUCGAACAAACAUAACCCGCACGAUUGUAAUCCAGUCUGAUGCUUAAAUUAAC